GCGGUACUUCCGGCAAACAGCCGUUAGUCUCUUAAAUUGUCUCUAGACAGCCAUGGUUGGAGCUGUGACUGGGACCAAAGCGAUAUGAAUACUAAUAUUGUUGUUAUAAGUAACUAUUAGAUAAACAUGAACAGGAAACGGGCUCUGAUUUCAGACACUUUCAAGGUGAAGAAAAGAAGAAAUGGCACGCAGAAGUUUGGAGCUGUCAGUGAUGGAGAUGGACCGACUGACAUCAGAUCCACCCUUGAAUACCUCAUGACACUGUUCCCCAGGAAGCUCUUCAAUGACACCUUGCCUCAAAUCGUUCUUAAGCACCAGCUCUACAGCAUACACAAUGACAAGACUUUGGUGGACAAGGAGCUGAAUAAACUGCGGGAACGAGGAGAACUGCUGAUGUUCCAGCUCGGGUUUGAUGCUGACACUUUUGGGCUGGUUUUUGCUUCAGAUUACAAGGCCAAAGUGCUGGCAGGAGAGGAGGGCAGAGCGACACGAGCAACAGUGGAGAAGUUUUUGCAAAAAUUGCCCUCUCCUUGCACAGACCUGAGCUUCACCAAAGACAAGAUGCUCAGGGAGUUCCUCUUCACAGACUCUGAGAUAACGCAGUUGGUUAAGUCAGGUGUCCUCACUGUAAGGGAUGCAGGCAGCUGGUGGCUUUCCAUUCCCAAUUCUGGCAAAUUCACUAAGUACUUUAUACAAGGUCGUAAAGCAGUCCUCGGCAUGGUGAAGAAGUCCAAAUAUAGUGAAGUCUUAAAGGCAGAGCUAGAGGAGCGGCGAACAACCUCACAUGUGAAAUUCCACAUGAAAUACCAUAUCCAUGACAUUGUUGGUGCAGAGCUGGUAGAGAGCAUACCUACAACUUCAGGGAUAUUGUUGCGAUUUGUUGAGCCCUGAACCACAGCAACAAGACUGAAAUCGGUGCUUGGUCGAAGCCAAUGAGUGGCUGAAGAUUAUGAAGUGUUUGUAUGAGGACUGUUGGUAAACUAAUUUAAGAUUUCUGAGUUUGAUUCUGUGCCAAAUGCAUUAUAAAAAACCUUGUGGGUUUAUGAAUUGUCAAUUAUGUUGACAUUAUUCUGGUUUUGAGUCAUCUUGUAAUAAAAUGCAUAUGCAUACUGUACUUAUGCGCACACCAUGGAA